AUGUUCGCAGUUCCAGGAUGGUCAGUCUCGUCGAGUCUGCUAAAAACACAAACCGCAGAGUCUGUUGCUGCUGCGCCAAAAGCUGAAGAGGAAGGAGUGCCGGUUGAGACGAAAUCCAGCAAGAAACGCAAGCGCGCAAAGAAUCCAGACGUGAAUGCAGCGAACUUGUCAGAAUUGUGGGAGUCAGUCAUUGAAGGCAAGCCAAAAACGAAGAAAGUAAAGAAUGCUGAGAAGGAUGGCGAAGCAAAAGAGAAAAAAGAUAAAGUAGUCAAGGAAAUCAGCACAGAUGAUAUUCAGAAUGGACCAGCAGGACCUUCGAAUGAUUCGACAGAAACCUCGGAAUCUAAGAAAGAGAAGAAACAAAAGAAAAAGAAGAAGGAUAAGGACUCGAAACCAUCCGACAAUGAUCAACCCAUGAAAGACGAUACCGCCGAUGCUACCUCGACCAAACCUCCCAAGCCUAUUGCAAAGUUAACACCACUUCAAGCUUCUAUGCGUCAGAAGCUCAUAUCCGCCCGCUUCCGUCACCUGAAUCAAUCUCUUUACACUACCCCUUCCUCCGAAUCUCUUGCUACCUUUCAACAAAACCCAGAAAUGUUUACCGAGUAUCAUGAAGGUUUCCGCCGCCAAGUGGAAGUUUGGCCCGAAAACCCAGUUGAUGGUUACUCUCUGCAGAUUCGCCAGCGCGGUAAACUCAGACGUGAUAUGCGAGGCCAACCGGCCCAGGAAAAGACUGAUCUAACGCCAUUACCAAGAACAGACGGCACAUGUCGAAUUGCCGACCUGGGUUGUGGCGACGCAGCUCUCUCCACUGGCCUUCAAAAAGAUCUCAAGAAACUCAACCUCAAAAUCCACAGUUUCGAUCUCCAAAGUCCCAGUCCCCUCGUCACUCGCGCCGAUAUCGCGAAUCUCCCUCUCGAAGAUGGAAGUAUCGACAUUGCGAUUUUCUGCCUCGCACUCAUGGGCACCAAUUGGAUCGAUUUCAUCGAAGAAGCCUUCCGCGUUCUCCGCUGGAAGGGCGAACUCUGGAUUGCCGAGAUCAAAUCUCGCUUUGGACGGGUAGGAGGAAGCAAUAAGAAAGUAGUCGAGCACAGCGUGGGGCACCGCAAAAAGAACCAACCCAUCAACAAAAAAGCCAUCAAAGCCGCCGACGACGAAGCAGACGAGGCAGAUCUCAUGGUGCACGUAGAUGGCAACGAAGACAACAAGCAAGAAACCGACGUAUCGGCCUUCGUCGAAGUCCUCAAGAAACGAGGCUUCGUCCUGCAGACCGAAAAAUCGGUCGAUUUAAGUAACAAGAUGUUUGUCAAGAUGCAUUUUGUCAAGGGCGCAACACCCAUCAAGGGAAAGUGCGUACCGAUUGCCAAGGGUGUGCCGACGGGAGAAACAUGGAAGAAGAAGCCUAAGGCUAAGUUUUUGGAGGAGCCGGAGGAUGUCGACGUUUCGAAUGAGGCGGCCGUCUUGAAACCGUGUGUUUAUAAAUUGAGAUAG